AGACCACGUUAGUGAGCGGCAGGAAGAGGGACGCAGUGAACAGUGCGGUGAGGCAGCGCGGCUGGUACACGGAGCGAAACCCCCUCACCGGGGGAAGGGCAUCUUUCAAAUCUGCUGCGGGGAAGUGUCUGUUCCCGGGCUGACGUCAGGAGGAGAGGGAGAGGGGCCGUCCGUCACUGCUAACCGAUAUACAUACGCAUACUGACGGCAUUAUUUCGAGCUGUGCCGGAAGGAAGGAAUCUCCUGGAGAAGGGGGUGGGAACACCCGAGGAUGUGUCUGUGAUACACUCCGGACUCCCAGCCAUGGGCGGGUUGCGGACCCCCGGCGCUGGCACGGAUUCGGCGGGCUGAGCCUCUCGCAGGUGACGGUGGGGGCAGGAAGAAGUGGUCGGCGGGCGGGGUAACCGUACUGGUAGCCGGCAGGUUGUGUGUGCCUCUUGCCUUUCCGCGUUCUCCUUUCCGGGGAAUUGACGCAGUAAAAAGUUGUCGCGGAAUGGUUGAUGUCUCCAAGUUGUGGGCAGCCGGCAUGGAGAAGGCGCUGCUGAUUGUGGUCAUCGCCGGCGGGGUCUGCUGCCUACCGGACUCGAACCAGAACCUCACCACCUCGGAGCGGUACUACGUGAACAUCGGCGACGGCACCUCGACCCAAUUCGACUUCCCCGAAAACACCAAUGGUAUUAUCGUGGUUUCCAGCCGGUAUCGAGCGGCCACGGAGAAGGGCUGUACCAGGCUGAUAGUUGAGUCUCUGGAUCCGGAUGUCCUCAAAAUAAUCAACGUUACCGACGCCGAAACCAUUGGCUUGGUGAAAAGUUACAUCGUCAGCAUUAAAUCCAGACUGGCCGGCACGGCACCACUCUUAAUCAGGCUGUUGGAUGUCGCCAGGGUUAAGCCAUUGACCGUGGAAGAACGAAAAGAUUACAUCAUUAAAGUAUCGCCCAGUAAUGAUCUAAGUUAUAAUGGUCUGGUACAUUUCUCCCAAAACCCUGUCCUUUAUUUUCUUUUGCCUUUGAUAUUUAUAAACAAAUGUGCUUUUGGUUGUAAGGUGGAGAUAGCGGUACUUCGAGGUAUUCUGAAGCAGCCACAUCCUGUAAUUCUUGGGGUGAUAGGGCAGUUUGUCCUCAUGCCUUUGUAUGGAUAUAUUUUGUCCAGGAUCUUCUCCCUGCCCAAAGCCCUUUCCCUUGGGCUGGCAAUUACCUGCUCUGCCCCAGGAGGGGGAGGAGGUUACCUUUACAGUCUUCUUCUAGGAGGGGAUGUGACCCUUGCUAUUUCCAUGACCUUGAUUUCCACUCUGGUCGCCACUGGUAUGAUGCCACUUUCAUCCACUAUCUAUAGCCACAUUCUCAAUGUUCAUGAAACGCUACAUGUGCCAUUUACCAAGAUCUUGGUGACAUUGCUAUUUAUAGCUAUUCCCAUUUCGACAGGAAUGUUAAUCAAGUAUAAAUUGCCACGGGUCAGUAAAUUCUUACUUUUGUUCAUUCGACCCCUCAGUUUUAUAUUGAUCAUUGGAGGACUCUUCAUGGCUUAUCAAAUGGGAGCUGCCAUACUCUACAAUGUGCGCAAAGAAAUAAUUCUUGCAGGAGUUGCUGUUCCUGUCUUUGGACUGUUCAUUGGAUAUCUCAUGGCCUAUUGUUUGAGAUUACCUGUACCUUUGUGCAAAACAGUCAGUAUAGAGAUUGGAGUCCAAAAUAGUCUGCUAGCUCUUGCUGUACUCCAGUUGUCCUUCCGCCACAUUGAAGCGGAUUUUGCCUCACAGGCUCCUUUCAUAGUGGCUCUGAGUAGCACUUCAGAAAUGCUGCUUCUUGUGAUUGUUCAUUUCAUAUACAAAAACCUCAGGGCCAGCCCAGUCUCUGAAGAAAAUGGCUUUAAAUCCUAACCUUUUUGGAUUGGUUCUAAUAAAGCAAAUUUGCUGCACUGCAAAUGUAUUUGAAAUAUUUUUGUAUUGACCUAUUUUCUAAAAUGAGAAUAUAUACAGUAGCUACUGCAGUAAUUUGAUGUUUACAUGGCAUUCUGAAAUGAGCCACUUUCAUGUUUUUUGUUGUAAGCACAAAUGGACUGUAAUUGGGAAAACUGUGUUUAAAAUAGGAACUCCAUAAUAUAGUAUCUAAUUUCAGUUAAAUUUACAACUGUAAGAUUUUGUUGCUUUAGAAAAGUGUCUUUAAAGAAUUUUAAGUUUUAUUGCUUUAAAAUAUCUGUGACAGUUUCUUUUAAUGCAACAAUUUGUGCCAUGUACAAUGACAGUUCUUGCCCCCAGUCAAUGUGUGAAAUUACAAAGGGGAGCAGUACUCUGAGACAUUGUCACCUACACAUAAUGAAACUUCUAUGGAUUUCAGUAUUGUCCGGGUGGCACUUGUCAGUAUUUUCUGCUUUGGUAAUUGCCAACAUUCUUUGAAACCUGCCUUGUGUAAACAUAUUUCUCAUGUUAAACUGCACAGAUUGUUCAGUGAGCAAAUUCUUGUUGGUGGGAGUGAGCAGCAUUCCUUACUCAGGAUCCUGCAUUAUUGGACUCCUUUGCAAAACGUUUGCUACUGAUUGAUGUAUCCAGCAGUGGCUAAUGAAUAGAAAUGCAUCUUUUGCAGUAUCAAUAAGAAUGCACACUUUAAAUUUUGUACCCCUGAGCUUUAAUCUGCACUGUGGCAUUUAAACAAAAUGCAUGACUAUUUUUUUCUCUUGCACUGGAGAAAUUUUUCCCACUCCCCCACCUUUUUGUUGAUGGCUUCCUGAUCCCUUGUCUGUAAGCAUUAUUCAAGAGCGGGUGAUCAUGAUGCAUUUUAAGCAACUUGAUUUAUUCUGGAUACCUCUGUUACGUCCAAUCAUAUCCUUGCACAUGAACUUCCCAAUAAAAGUCACUGAAUAGCAAUAGGACUCCUUCACCACCUCUACCUAAACACCUCACUAGCCCAAGAUUUUGGAAACUGGUUGUCAUGCCACUAUCAUUACUGAGAUCAGCUACCUUGCCAAAGACAACAAGGGAAAUUACAUUUCUUUAACUUUAAAGGAAAUGUUACAUAUAGAAUUUUUUUUCUUUUAGUUCUACAUUCAAACUUAAAGAAGAAAUAAAAAAUAGUUUUUAAAGUUGGACUUGAAGACUUGUAAUGAAUUAGUAUCUGUUACCACAGGUUAACUCAUGCAGUCCAUUUGACAUUGACUUAACUUAUGACAAACUGCUAGCUAAUUUUUAGAUUACAUGGCUGUAGAGAUGUGGAAAAACAUGCUUUUGAAACUUUUGUGGGAAAAAUUUAUGUUGAAAUGGAAGAAAAAUCUUGUCCAACACUGGGUACCUUUAUUACAAAUGCACUUUUUACCAUUAAUUAAUAGGAAGAAUUGCAUCUAUUCUAGGUAGUCUAGUUCAGGUUUGAAUUUUUUUUUGCAGUAUUCCUUUCUCCAUUGAAGACAGUUUUGAUUGUGCAAUAAUUUCUUUUCAGCUGGUAUUUCAUUAUGUCAACUGCAAUUCAGAAUCCAUGUUGUAGUGUGUACUCUGCAAUUACCUAUGUUCAUGCAUUGUUAGUUAAGUAAACUUUGUGCUGAGAAACAGGAGACUCCUUUUUCUUGGGUUUUGCAUACAAUAUUGUACAUUUCAGAAAUACAUCAUGGCUAUAAAAUGCAUUGGGGUAUUCUGAGGAUAUGCUAGUUACUUUAGAAAUUUCAAGAGGAAAUGAGAAACACUUUAGUGGAAGACUGAGUAAAAGGGCAUAGAGUUGAGGUAAUUGGCAAAAGAAUCAAAGGUGAGAAGGGAGCUUUAUGGAGUGGGUCAUGAUUUGGAACAAAUUGCAUAAAAUGAUGUUUGAUUAUAAACUCAAACUCAGUUUCCAAUACCUAGAGGAAAAAUUUGAUUGGCUAUGGGAAAAGAAUUAGAAAUUGUAUACAUUUUUUUUAAACAAAAAACCUGACACGAGUAUGAUGGGCUGAUUGGCCUCUUGUUCUGAGUCUGUGUGAUUUUUUAUAAAUUGGUUUAUUAAUUAACUUAAUUUUCCUUGAUCUAGGUACAAAUGCCUUGAGAACACUUCCAUUUGUGAAGAAUGUUGUUACUUUUUUAAUGUGAAAGCCUAUAACAAAAUACAUUGAAGUGAAGUGUAUAUACUCAGUUUGCUGGUAAUGAGUUUACAUUACACAUGAGCAGAGAUGGCAGAUAAAAUGGAUUGCUGGAAAAGAGUUACUGUAACUAUUAAAUUACUCUCUGCAAUAUCUUAUUGCAUACUUUCUACUUUUUAGAAAGCUAAGUAACUAAACUUGGUUUCAUACAUGCAAUCAUUAUCAAAUUGCCAUAUAUUAUGUGGGUAGUUGCAAUUCAGUCAACUAAGACAAAAUCAGCUUCGUUUUAUUGAGCCACAUGUGAAGGCUUUUCUAGAAUAAAUUGUUUCUCUUCUCUACAAAGGGUGGUAGAGGUUCAUGCAGUUUAUUAAAACAGCUGUAAGAAUUGUGUGGAAGAUGCUUUUGUUUUUUUGUCCUAUGUACAGAGGUUGUUGCACAACAUUCACCAGUCUUCCUCAUAUGUAUUGGAGGCCUUUAGCAUGAGAGACUUAAUUUGGGUAAUGAUGAUAUGAUAAUCUCUCAGUGAAUGUGUUGUUUCUGGUCAAUUAGUUUAGAAUCAUUCAACAAAACAAUGUUAGUGAAAUUACUAAUAACUUCAAAAAAUCAAUAUGAAAGUAACAACUAUUCAUUAAUAUCUAUUGUGUCAUGCAAAAGCAAAUCCAAUCAUUACUUCAUUCAGUUUAAAAGAACUAUAUUAUGUGCUUAAAAGUAUGCUACAUUUCAUUGUACCUAAUUUUGGAAAGAAACAUUGUGAAACAGGCAUUUAAAAAAAAAUGCAAUUCCUUUUUGCAUAUUCUUAGCAGUAAAUGAAACUGAUAUUGACUAAGUUAUGGGUGGGGGCAAAUCUUGUUUGCCAGAUCAACAAGUUUUGGGGUUUUUGCCAUUUCUUGGUAUUCCACGUUCACAGCUUCCUGUAAUAACAAUUUCCAUUGCUCUCCAGCUUUAAGCAUACCAUUCAUUCUUUCUCAAUGUGCAAAAAUAAUUUUGGGUGUAGCUAGUUGCUUGGUGCAGGGUGAAAUGUAAUUCUUUAUUCUAAUAUGAAUGGACUUUUAUAUUGUGCCUCCUACCGAACCUUUACAAAUUCGAUAAUUUUAACUAAUAUUGCUUGAGGGAAGAAUGUUUGAUAGAACACCUGAAGGUCUCCCCAUGUCUAGCCAAGUAGUAGGAGAUCUUUUACUAUACCCUGAAUCAUUAACACAACAUGCUAGUUGUAAGGGAAGAUAUUGUAAAUGCUGGAAACUGAAAAUAAAAUCAGAAAAUGCUGUAAACACUUGGAUUGAAUUUCUGUCUGCAGAAGUUGCCUAACCUGCUGAAUAUUUCCAGCAUUUCCUGAUUCACAAUGCAAACAUAAAUAAUUUGACUAAGAUGAAGGCUCAUGAGGCAAUGUGCCCCAAGUAACACAUGGUGUAUUGAGCUAUGCUUUUUGCUGAGAAGAUUGAAUCCAUUACCUUCUAGAACCAAACUGUUCAA